AUGAGCAUAGAAGACGUUAAGAAGAGGGUCGACAAGUUCGACGGCAAUGACUACAGUAUAUGGAGGUCACAAAUCGAGGAUUACCUGAGUAUGAAGAAGCUUGCGAAGACUUCAAGCGGCAAGCUCCCAAAAGAGAUGAAGGAAGAAGUCUCUGUUUUUAGCCCUCUUGAAAGCAAAGAGUUGAGAGAAGUAGAAGCCAAGCUUGAGAAAGAGCAGAUGGGACUUUACGAUUACAAAGUUGGUCGUAAUACUGUUCGCACAAAUGUAUGGAGGAAGAAAUUUAUGAAGAGUGUGAGUGAAGUGGAGCAUGAAGCAUUCCUUGUUCUGGUUGUUCAGCUAUCUAAGGGUACCCAGAUUGCGCUUGCCCCUGCCAUUCUUGCACACAUUGAUAGAAAUUUGAGUCUGCUCAAAAGGACAAUUGUAGAUUCAUCUAAAUUGAAUGACAGGGAUCAUGUUGUGAAACUUGUGCUCAAGUCGCAAUUUCAAUCAGUACAGGUUUGGAUGUGGGAAAUAUUUCUGGAACUUAGGGCAAAUCAUAAUGUGAUUAACUAUACGGAGCCUAGAUUGGCUAGAUGGCAUAAAGUAGAUGGACUCAAUGUUAAAGAUCUAAGGAGGGUUUUAGACUUGGAUGGAGAAGGUUUCAUGUGGCGUCCUUAUGCUAUGGCCAUUAACAUUCCAAAGUACUAUGUUGAAAAGGAAGAGUGGGCCUUAGUUGGUCCAACCUUGGAUGACGAACUACUGGAAUUUGUUAUGUCUUUGAGGGUGACUAAGAUAGUUGGAUUUGGUACUAAACAACAAUACUUUCCACAUAGAGUGGCUAUGCAGUUUGGAUAUGAUCAAGACAUCCUGGAUUUUGUUGCUCUAUUGAAUUCCAAUUUUAAUGAUACGUGGAAUUAG